AUGUCGAAAGGCGAGGAAUUGCUUCUGCAAUAUGAAAAUGAAAUUAUCCCUCGAUCGUUCCGGGGAGGCUUCGUGUUUCUAAGCUAUCUUGUCUCUUGCAUUGGAGCAGCCCUGACACUCGAGCUGCUCAAUCGUCGAACUUCCCGGAAUGGCUUAUUCAACCAUCUCAUACUUGUCAGUGCUGCAAUAGCUAUGGGUGGGAUAUCAAUAUGGUGCAUGCAUUUUGUCGGAAAUCAUGCGGUAAUACUAGGCGAGGGCGAGCCUGAACUCCGUAUCAAUUAUUCUAGCCGCUACUCCGCACUCUCCUUCUUCUUGUCAGUAAUCGUACUCCUGGUGGCUUUCGUAGCCAUUGGCGCGAACUGCAAGGUUUCCGGGUGGCGAAUAUGCUGCGGAAGCGUGCUUGCUGGUGGUAGUAUGUGCGGGAUGCAUUACUUGGGUAACGCUUCUAUCACCAAUUACGACUGCAUAUAUGACAAGGUCUUCAUUGCGGGAGCAGCAGUCAUCGCUGUAGUUGACAGUAUCUUGGCCCUAUCACUGUUCUUCGUCUGUAGAGCGUCCUGGAAGAAUACGUGGCGGAAAAGAGUGUUAUCUGCACAUUUGUUGGCUGGUGCCGUGUCUGGAAUGCAUUGGGUUGCGGCUGUCGGUACAAAUUAUCGCUUGAAACAUACGAAUGGCGACCUUCAACUUUCUCAGAGUCAGGCCAUCAUAAUCGUCAUAUGCCUGUUAAUCCCCGCAGUCUUCUUCAUGGCAGGAUCCAUCAUUUACGCAACACGCGUCACGAAACGAAAUGCGAGCAAGGCCCAACAGAUUAUCUUAGCGGCCGCAGUGUUCGACAAAUUGGGGAGGAUAUUAGUGAGCCCAGACGGCUUGCUACCCAGCGAGAAGAUUACAGAUGCGUAUGUGGAAAAGACCCAAGACGACGCAUUCGGUAUUUCUCAUCCUCUUUUCCAUUGGAUGUUCCAGGUCUCUCGAGAUUGGAACAGCGUGGUCGGUAUGGUUGAUGGCAUAGCUAAACACCUGGCGCGUUUGCCCAAGGGUCCUCGCGAUACCAAGAUCCGUCUCAUUGACGAUGAAGGCAAACUAAUCGAGAAUUAUGACACCAUAUUUCGUGAACUGUUCUGCGUCGCAGCCAUGAAUUUAGCAAACAAGUUAAAAGAGAAGCUUGUUGAUAAAAGGGCGGCUAUGGCGCAUGUAGCAGGGCACAUGGCGAUAUUGGCCGAAUGCAGCGCUGUGUUGGACCGUGGCGUACAUAUCGGCUUCUUCGGCGUCAGGGCUCGCGUAGGAAGUUUUGGUUUCGACGUCGUUGUGAAGAAGGGCGCUCGGAACUUGCUCCCUACUAUGCCAGUACCGCUUGAACGUCUGGAGUCAUGGCAGAUGGAUGUUAUUCGUCGGCUUAACAGAAUGGAUGUCCCUGUCCUAUUCCAAAAUCUCAAUGCGCUGAAGAAGCUCUCUCCUCGAGAGGUAUUGUUUGCUUCGCAGCUGUCUGGCGCUCUCCAAUCUCUUCGCGCUUGGGUAGAUGAUCCCGUUUUUGACGAAGCCGUACUGACUUCUAGGGUGGUCCAAGUACCCUGCAGAGCUCGAGCUGGGUUAAGCUCGGAAUCUUGCACAAUGAUUGCUCUGUGCAUCAUGAUGCCGAUUCACGCCAGCGCCAGUAACCCUAGGUGCGAAUUCAUACCCUUAAAUUUCUUUAAGAUUCAUCAGAUGGUAUAUGAGAAUUCACCUCAUCUCGCCGCAUUUACACGGUACGUGCAUCGGGAACUGUCCCCGACGGUAAAUGCAGUGUCGAUCAAUAAGCCACCUGCAACAUACCAACGAGCCGGGCGAGCCAUAUUCUGGCGGAAUCGCUUGAGUUCAUUGCGUCGCUUUGGACGGUCGAAAACCAAUGACUAUGUCAUGGUUGGAGAUGGCUCUUUUAACUAUGAAUCAGAUAUUUGCAGUUCUGCGGUGAAGCGAUGCAGUCAGGAUUUCCCCGGUCGCCAGAAGUCGUGGAAAGAUACGAUAUCUGACAAAGCGGUGGUGCAGCAAUCCUCCUCUUUCGGAGGCAUUAUGGUGUCACAGGAGAUCCAGGUAGAUAUAAUACAGAUCGACGAUGUUAGUGGUGGCGGUGCGUUUGCCCCGUCCAAAUCUCCCGUCAGCGCAGAGAGCGUGACGAUGGUCAAAGCCGGAGCAGGCUCUGACUUUAGGACGUCUCUAUCUGGAGUAGAAGAAGACACAUAUGCUGUGGCUGAGCGCGAGAAAAUCAACGCAGCGAUUACAUUUGUUGACGAGCUGUUCGCUAUUUGUGUUGAUGGACUUUGUUCUUUUCUCAUUUGUAUAUGUAACAAUAAUAGUUGCUAA